GUGCAGCCAUGCAGGAAAACCUCAGAUUUGCUUCAUCGGGAGAUGAUAUUAAAAUAUGGGAUGCUUCAUCUAUGACGUUGGUGGAUAAAUUCAACCCACACACGUCGCCGCAUGGGAUCAGUUCGAUGUGUUGGAGCAGCAAUAAUAACUUUCUAGUAACAGCAUCUUCCAGUGGUGACAAAAUAGUAGUUUCAAGUUGCAAAUGUAAGCCUGUUCCACUUUUGGAGCUUGCUGAAGGACAAAAGCAGACAUGUGUCGAUUUAAAUUCCACAUCUAUGUAUUUAGUAAGCGGAGGCCUAAAUAAGACUGUUAACAUUUGGGAUUUAAAAUCAAAAAGAGUUCAUCGAUCUCUUACGGAUCAUAAGGAUGAAGUAACUUGUGUAACAUAUAAUUGGAAUGAUUGCUACAUUGCUUCUGGAUCUCUUAGUGGUGAAAUUAUGUUACACAGUAUAACCACUAAUGUGUCUAGCACUCCUUUUGGCCAUGGUAGUAACCAGUCUAUUCGGCAUUUGAAAUACUCAGUGUAUAAGAAAUCGCUACUGGGCAGUGUUUCAGAUAAUGGACUAGUAACUCUCUGGGACGUGAAUAGUCAGAGUCCGUACUAUAACUUCGGCAGUACACAUAAAGCCCCAGCUUCAGGCAUCUGCUUUUCCCCUGUCAAUGAAUUGCUGUUUGUAACCAUAGGCUUGGAUAAAAGAAUCAUCCUCUAUGACACUUCAUGUAAGAAGCUAGUGAAAACUUUAGUGGCCGAGACACCUCUGACUGCGGUUGAUUUCAUGCCUGAUGGAGCCACUUUGGCUAUUGGUUCUUCCCGUGGGAAAAUAUAUCAGUAUGAUUUAAGGAUGUUGAAGUCACCGGUUAAAACCAUCAGUGCCCACAAGACAUCUGUGCAGUGUAUAGUGUUUCAAUGCUCCCCUGUGCUUACGAAGUCAAGUUUAAGUAAAGGCUGCUCAAAUAAGGCUGUGGCAGUGAAUAAACGGACUGUUACUGUGAGCGCAAGUGUGGGGGGAGCGCAGAAUUCUGGAACUGUCAGAGAGGCAGCCCCCGCUGCCAUUGCCACAGUUCUGUCACAGCCCCUGCCAACAGCUGUGGCAAAAGGAGGUGUUACUGCUCAGGACAAAGCAGGUUUGCCUCGAAGCAUAACCACAGAUAUUUUGUCCAAGGAAACAGACAGUGGAAGAAAUCAGGAUUUCUCCAGCUUUGAUGACACAGGAAAAAGUAGUUUAGGUGACAUGUUCUCACCUGUCAGAGAUGAUGCUGUAGUUAACAAGGGAAGUGAUGAGUCUGUAGGCAAAGGAGAUGGCUUUGAUCUUCUCCCACAGUUGAGCUCAGUGUUUCCUCCAAGAAAAAAUCCAGUAAAUUCAAGUACUCCAAUUUUGCAUUCUAGUCCUCUUAAUGUCUUUAUGGGAUCUCCAGGGAAAGAAGAAAAUGAAAAUCACGAUCUGACAGCUGAGUCUAAGAAAACAUAUCUGGGAAAACAGGAACCUAAAGACUCCUUAAAACAGUUUGCAAAGUUGAUCUCUGUUGCUGAAGCUGGAAAUCUGAGUACCUCUCCAUCCUCUAACCAAACAAGAAAUCUCGAGAAAUUUGAAAAGCCAGAGAAAGAAAUUGAAGCCCAGUUGAUAUAUGAACCCUCAGUAAAUGGAUCCUCAACCCUAAAUCCGAAGAUAGCAUCCUCUGUCACAGCUGGAGUGGCCAGUUCCCUCUCAGAAAAAAUAGUCGAUACGAUUGGAAACAGUCGGCCAAAUGCACCAUUGACAUCUGUUCAAAUCCGCUUUAUUCAGAACAUGAUACAGGAGACAUUGGAUGACUUCAGAGAAGCAUGCCACCGGGACAUUGUGAAUUUGCAAGUGGAAAUGAUUAAACAGUUUCAUAUGCAACUGAACGAAAUGCACUCUUUGCUUGAGAGAUACUCAGUGAAUGAAGGUUUAGUGGCUGAAAUAGAAAGACUACGAGAAGAAAACAAAAGACUACGGGCCCACUUUUGAAAUUUCAGUGACUACCUUACUUUUUAAUAAUUUUUGAAGUUUUUGGCAACACAGAACUAUAUAAAAUCAGUAUUGUGUUCAUGACCUCUGGGGGAAAUGAUGUUUUCAGGUUCAGGCUGUUGAGAUUUUGUACCAACCAUUAUUUCAUCUUCUUUGUCAAAAAUAUUUAUAUUUUUAUAUUAAAUACUACAGUAUAUCAUCUGCCUUAAGAAAAUUCACAGGGUCUUUAUUUUCUGAAAGCUUUAACUAUAUACUAAGUGCCCUUUUUCAUGAGCGAAUAAAAUUUCAUAAAAGU